AUGGCUGGCGACAUCGAGGAAGCAGCCCUUAGCUGUGCCUGUUGCGGCCGGACAGACUCGGAUCAGCCGUGCCACGAGGCCGCGACUUUAUCUCAGGCAGCCCUCGACGGGGACGUCGAGCAACUGCAACAGUUGAUUCGCGCCGGAGCUGACGUUUGCGCGGCAGACGCAUCGCAGAGGGACUUGACGGCGCUUCAUUACGCAGUCGAGUCGGGCAGCCGCAAGACUGUCAAAGCCCUCAUCGAUGCAGGGGCCAACGUGUCGGCGCAAACGAGCGACGGCGUCGCGCCACUGCACACGGCUGCCGCCAACGGGCACUAUACCAUAGUUCAAGAGUUGAUUGACGCCGAUGCCAAUGUCAGUGUCCGCAACGAGAAUGGAGGGACGCCUCUGCACGCCGCGGCCAUGUUUUGGCAGCCCAAGAUUGCAAAGCUCCUCCUCGAUGCCGGCGCCGAUGUGCAAGCCAAGGACCACGACGGGCGGUCACCUCUCUACGAGGCUGUUCGCGCCGAGUCCCUGACGGUCGCCCAGCUGCUGCUCGACGCCGGUGCCGAUGCCAAUGCCACGGACAGCAACGGAGACACACUAUUGGAAGUUGCACUGGCCGACGGUCCGGACUCCAUCAAAAUCCUCCUCGACCACGGCGCCAUUGCAUCCAACAAGGCCCACCGUGAUGAUGAGGGCAACACGCUGCUGCACCGCGCCGCCCAAAGCUCUGCCCAUCUUCUCCGCGCCCUGCUCGCCACGGCAACCCCCGACGACUUGGAGGCGGUCAACAAUGACGGCGCGACACCCUUUCUCUACGCAGCCGCGCACGGAAGCGUGGAGCAGCUCCGGCUUCUUCAAGAUGCGGGCGCCAAUGUCAAGGCGCUCACGGCCGCCGGCGAGACGGCGCUGCAUCUGGCGGCGGGAGACCCGGAGCAUUCGUAUCUGGGCUAUCGAUCUGAUGCCGGGGACAAGCUUGGACUGAUUCUUGAUGCCGGAGUCGAUUUGAACGCGAGGGCGGCGGGACUGACGGCACUCGGUCGGGCAGAGGCGUUGGGCCAUGGUCCGGUGAUACAAGCACUUCGUGAGAGAGGUGCUACAGAGUAG